AUAAGCCCCUCACACCCUCUUCCUUCAAGCCAUCUCACAAGCUAGAGAUUUAGAAAUAUUCUAACCAAUUCUCCUUUCCUCCUCAAACUAACAUCUUAGCUCAAUCAAAUUACUAAUAUGUCUGGAGUUUGGGUAUUCAAGAAUGGAGUUGUCCGACUUGAAGAUUGUCAAGGCUCAAGUGGUCGUCGAAAAGUGCUAGUUCAUAUUCCAAGUAAUGAAGUCAUCACAUCCUAUGCAGUACUUGAAAGGAAACUUUAUUCUCUUGGUUGGGAAAGGUAUUAUGAUGAUCUUGACCUUCUUCAGUACCAUAAAAGGUCUACUGUUCAUCUCAUUUCUCUCCCAAAAGAUUUCAACAAGUUUAAGUCCAUGCACAUGUACGAUAUUGUCGUCAAGAAUCGCAAUGAGUUUGAAGUUAGAGACAUGUGAUAAUAAUUAAGAAAGAAGAGGGGACGUUCAUUAAUUUGAAGUCAUUCUUCUCGCUGUGUUGAUGCUUCUUUGGUUUUUUUCUUUCUUAUUUGGGGUGAUUUUCUAGUGUGUUGUAAUUAGGUUUCAUACUUUAAUUUGUGGUUUGUUUCAUAAUGUUGCAAAUGUUGGGAUGUUAAUGGUGUAUAUUUAAAGGUUGUUAAUCCAUUUUCAUUGUACUUCCUCAGCUA